AUACUACUAAACAUGGUUGCGUAAACGAUUUAUAAUACCGUUAACGAGCAUGAUGUUGAUGAUGUUACGAUGAAGAAAAGAAAAUACGGAGAGAGAAAUUUAAACCACUUUCACUGAAGUUUAAUAUUAUGUUUAUCAUAUUAAUAUAGCAAGCCACACGGGAACCGGAAGGAGUAGGAAAUAUACUUUUUACUAUUCCUGCACACCGGUCCAGUGCGAUCUUCUGUCCACAUCAGAAACCAUGCAGAUCUCAAGUAUAUUAUCGACAUUGCUGCAGUCGGCGGUCGUCGUGUUGAUGUUGUCGCGGAGCGGUACAGAAGCCGUUCCGGCCGAAGGGCUAACGCCGUUCGGUUUCCUCAUGGCCAGGGCUUACGGACAGCCUGCAGUAAAUCCGAUCAUGCGUCACAUAUCGUUCAAGCCCAGCGAUGGGGCCAAAUUCCGGAAGUCUUUCGAGGAAAAACACGGGCCCCGCGGACGGGACCUGAUCGACAGCCUGGGACGGGGUUCGUACAAGACUGGCGAGGCGACG